AUGCACGCUGCUGCUGCGCUUGCUCUCAUCGGCUCGCUCGCCGGAGUCGCCCAGGCGUUCGAGAUCACCUUCCCCAACAGCAACGGCGGCUACUGGGUCACCAACUACACCAACACUCUGAACUGGAAGGCCAACUCGAGCGACGCGACCUUCUUCUCGGUGCAGCUGCUCAACUCGAACAGCAGCCAGCUCAACGGCAACUUCCAGAUUGGAAACGCCCUGGUCACCGAGAAUGGCACGGCGCAGAUCUUUAUCGACCGCAUCCCGAGCGGCACCUACUCGCUCCUGUUUGUCAACAGCAGCAACUACGAGCUCGACAGGCCCCAGGUGUAUUACGCUUCGAGCUCGUUCGAGGUGAAGCCGAACGGUACGCAGCCUGCCGAGGUGACGGCCAACACGAAUGCGGACCCCAACAGCUCGGCCACCAUGGCCGCCACGGGCUCGGCCACCGCCACGCUCGCCAGCACCAGCAGCACCGGCACUUCGCGCCCCAGUGGCGGCGCCAGCAACAGCGCCAGCACCAUGCGUGCCGCAGCUUUCGUCGGCACCGCCGCUUCCGUCGUGCUGGCCAUGCCGGCUGCUACACUAUCGCACUCGCGCAGUGCACGUAUCCCGCUCGCCUCCCGACACGACGUCACCAACACCGGCAUCGACGAGGACGAAUGGGGGCCUCUGUCCGUGCCGCCUUCGAGUCAGGCUGCUGUGCCAUGGGACGACCAAGUCGUCCCUGCCUUGCGGCGCAAGCUGGAGCAGCAGUCGCGCGACUUAUCCAAGCGCAUUAGCCGGAUCGAAGAGAGCGAUGUCGGCUGGGCACGUCCUCGCGAGUCCACUGAUCGUCGGGACGCCCGUGCCUCGCGCGAGAUCGUCCACACGCACCGCGAGUCGUCCAUCGACCAGUACCACAACCGCUUCGCUACAGUACGCCCCGCCCGAUCCCGCGCAGAUGUGGCCGCAUCCAGCUUUCCGUUCGACUCCCCCGCACCACGAUCCAGUGGCUCGAGCGAUGCAACGCAGCGAGCGCGGGACAAAGCGCGACAGAUUGCUGCACGCCAACACGCCGCACGGCUCAGCCAAGCCUCGACCGACUCACCGCAGCCGGGAAGCAUUGAGCCGAUUCCACAGGUCGACCGCACAUCGUUCGAACGCAGACGCAUACGCACACACUCCACACCCAUGCGGCCCAGCAUCGACACCCCGCCACCCGUUCCCUCUUCACCCCCCGCGCUGGGGCACCAGCGAACAACAUCGCUAUCCCGACGCAAAGCAGCCGCCCUCGACCCCAAGCUGAUCGAAGAAUUCGGGCCACUCGGCAGUUCUUCCCCCAACGCACGGCGCGCCCAGCUCGAUGAUGCCUCGCCCAUGCGCCGCACGCAGCCGGACGCAUUCAAGUCGCUAUCGGAUGCAUCCCUAACACCCGAUCGUAUACGCGGGAUGAGGGAAGCCUCAGCCCCACCCGCUUUCGGCCGCACAGACGAGUUCGGCGCCCUCGGUGCAGUCGGUGCAGGUGCAUCGCCCAGCAGGAGCGUCAACUGGGAGGACCAGAUCAUCCCCACCGUCGCACGCAAGCUCCAGCAACAGCACCUCCUCGCCGGUAAUAGUACAAGCACGCACGAGGCGCUCAUCGAUACCUGGGACCGCAACGGCCUCCCGCUCAGCCAGACCGACUUUGCUGCACAGCAGCGUGCUGCUAGGCUCGAGGCCGAAGAGCGCCAUGCCCAAGUACACCACGAGCCCACAGUCAAGGUGGAGCCAGAGCGAACCGAGAGCGAGGUGAGCGAGGCGCCAAAGAUGGACAGGGCUAGGUCGAGCAACAGCCAGCGCAGUGCACAGCAGCGUCUCACGCAGCAGCAGGAACAAGUGCCCUUGCAAGAAAUCGCACCGCCGAAUAGGCAGCAGACAUAUGCAGCGCAGCCAGUUCACCAAGUCCCGGCCGCCACAGCGCCACCGGCAAAGCGCACAGACACGCACGGCAAGUCCGGCUGCUGCUGCAUCGUCAUGUAA